AUGGCGCCCAAACGUGCUGCAGAGCAUGCAGACGAUGAGGGCGACGCUUGGAAGAUGCCGCGGACCAGCGGCUGCGGCGGCGAGCUAAAGGGAGAAGGGUCCGGCAAAGGCAAGCCGAAAGGAACCUCCAAGAGCGCAGGAGCAACGGAGCAACCCAAGGGAUCCGGCAAGCAAGGCAAAGGCACAGCAGCAAAGGGAUCCACCAAGAGCGCAGGAGCAACGGAGCACCCCCCAAAGGGAGCCGGCAAACAGAGCGCAGGAGCAACGGAUCACCCCCCAAAGGGAGCCGGCAAGCAGAGCGAAGGCACAGGAGCAACGGAGCACCCCGUUAAGGGAGCCGGCAAGCAGAGCAAAGGCACAGGAGCAACAGAGCACCCGGCAAAAGGAGCCGGCAAGCAGAGCAAAGGCACAGGAGCAACAGAGCACCCGGCAAAAGGAGCCGGCAAGCAGAGCAAAGGCACAGGAGCAACGGAGCAGCCGGCAAAAGGAGCCGGCAAGCAGAGCAAAGGCACAGGAGCAACGGAGCACCCCCCAAAGGGAGCCGGCAAGCAAAGCAAAGGCAAGGAUGCAGCGAAGGGAUCCACCGAGAGCCCAGGAGCAACGGAGGACCCCACCCCGAAAGGAUGCGGCAAGCUCAAAGGAACCGGCAAGAACGCUGGACCAGAAGAGCACCCACACCCAAAGGGAUCCGGCAAGCAAAGCCAGGCUGGUGAGAAGGUGGAACUCCGGAACCUCAACCCGCAGUCGAUGAAACGAUUUUUCGACACCGAGACAUAUGCAUCGGCAAAGCCUAGCUCAGAAGCACCCAAGGGAUCCGGUAAGAAGGGAUCCACCAAGAGCGCAGGACCAGAGGAGCACCCGCCAAAGGGAGCCGGCAAGCAAAGCAAAGGCAAAGGCGAGCUCAGAAGCCAGGGAUCCGGCAGCGCAGGACCAGAGGAGCACCCCACCCCAAAGGGAUCCGGUAAGCAAGCCAAAGGCACAGGCGCAGCCAAGGGAUCCACCAAGAGCGCAGGGCCAGAGGAGCACCCCAACCCCUCAAAGGGAUCCGGCAAGCAAAGCAAAGGCAAAGGCGAGCUGAAGGGAUCCACCAAGAGCGCAGGACCAGCAGACCCAAAGGGAUCCGGCAAGCAGAGCAAAGGCAAAGAUGCAGCGAAGGGAUCCACCAAGAGCGCAGGAGCACAUGAGCACCCAAAGGGAUCUGGCACAGCUGGCAAGAAGGGCCACAAGGGCACGGCUUUUUCUGGGGCCGGGAAGGGUGAGACAAGAGCCUUGUUGAAAGCCGUCCACGAGGAAGCCGCAGAGCUGUGCAACACGGAGCAUGACUACGACGAGGAUCAGCACUGGCAGCUGAGCAUACACGACAUGACGAAUAGGGCAGAGGUUGCAGACUCAGACUUCCAGAACCCCUGCGUUGUGCUCCCCACCUGUGUUCUCGGCGAGUUGUCCAACAUGCAGGCCAAACAACCAAGGCUGUGUCAGCAACGCCUAAGAAACAUAGCCAACAACAAAAGCAUGUUCGAGAUGUUCAAGAACUGGCAGGCCCAGCACCACCCGACCCACACAACGGCAUGGGGGAAAGCACCAGCAGCGCAGCUCAUGCAUCACAACAAGUUUCUGCAGGAUGUUCUCCAAGGUGCUUUGGAGCCUUCUACCGAAGUCGACGAGGCCCAUGACGGAGAGGAGGGCGAGGAGGCGGACCUAGAGGAAGAUGAGGAGGAACAACCUGAUCCUGAUGAUGCCGACGAGGAUCAAGGCUGGGAUGAAGAAGCUGACGAGGGCCAGGAGUCCGGUGAUGCCGAUCAGGGUGAGGAGUGGGAUGAUGCUGAUGAAGGGAUACCGACUUCAGGUAUGGAUGAUGAGGGUAUGGAUGCGGGUGCUGCCGACCCGCCUGCUCCGGCUUCCUACCCCAAGAAAUCCAUCCUGCGGGCGCCCUCCAGCAUCAGCGUCCAGUCGGAGAAGUCCUCAAUCAGCCCGGUGGGCGUGCGGGACCAGGAGGGCAAGGUGAGGACAGAGAGCCCACAUUAUCUCUACCGCGAAAGCAAGCCCAAAGAUUGCUCGCACGCCAUGACCCACCCCAGCCAGAUGGACGCCGGGGAACGUCGCCGGCAGCGCGAGGCCAUGAAGCGGUAUUCGGAGAAGCGGAACGAAGGCCACUACAUCGAACUCCCUCUUCACGAACUAGAGAAGAGAUACGGGGAUACAGAAGAAGGCCGACGCUUUCUUCAAGAAGAUAUCCUGGCGAAACAGUCUGGACGCGAGCAUCCGCAAGCAAAAGGCAAUGCCUCCUGGAGGUUGUACAAAGUGUAUGAAUACGGAAAGGAGAUCAGCGCCAACGUGAACAAGAUGGGCACAAAGGUCAAAGCCAGGAAGCGGAUCGGAAAAGCCGACGAAACCACUAAAAAGAAGCUCGGGGAGAUCCUGACUUCCCAAGCUGCCGACUUUGUGAAGGGUCAAGACGUUCUGACGGAUGAAGAAGUGAGGAAACGUGAUUUUGAUAAGACGAUGAGCCAGAUAUUGUCCUUGGCUGCCAAAGCAAGAACAGUGGCCCAGAACCUUACACGUUCGGGUCUGGAGCGCCAGGAGGCCAACAUCAAGCACAUGCAAGACGUGCACCAAGAAACGAUGAGGAUUCAUGCAGAGAUCAACGAAUGCGUCUUCGCAGGGUACGAGGAUGAGUAUGUUUACGAGAAGGUGGAGGAGAAACGAGCCGAGAUCGAGGCCGCCAACAAAGCCGUCCUCUCAGCAGAGGAUAUCGUUGCCGGCCACUAUCGCUUGAACUCAGAGAAAAAGAAAGCAGAAAAGGCAGCUGCCAAAGAUGGUGGUGCUACGGAUGCUGAGUACGACAGCAGCUGGGACACCGAAGCGUGGGAUUCCUCAGCUGCCCAAGCGCCGGCCAAACGAGCCCGCCGCACCUAA